UGCCCCAGUAUUAACCCGAUACUGGUACUUGGUAUCGACACGAUCGAUAUGUGUGUCGGGUUGAUAACUUGCCUGUGGCGUCCAGUGGAUCCAAAGUGCUACUUUGGAGGAGUUGCGCUAACUUGCUCCGCCAUCAUGAGAAGCGUCCGCAAGAGGACGUUGUGUUGGUGCUCGGUGCUGCUGGGACUGCUUGUGUGGGUUCUGUCAGGUCUCUUUAACGGCGGCACUCGGCGGGAAGCCGGCGUCACUCCGCGGCGCAUCCCUGGGCCACCGGGCGGCUCGCACCUGAUGGUUCAAUCCCGCCACGCAGCGUUGGAGCUGCUGGCAGACUCGGCCCCCAUCAACUCGCUUCAGGAGGACCAGCUGUUGUUCGUGGGCUCCACGCAGGGCAGCGAGAACCCUCCGCACGGGAAGAAGUGGGGCUACAAGGUGCUGAAGGCAGCCAAGAAGCAGGACGCCAUGUUGCGUGACCAGGACCUGUCUCUGCCGGAGGUGCGCCCACCCGAGUGUUUGGAGGAUAUGUACAGUGAGUCGCUGCCUUCUGCCAGUGUCGUCAUCUGUUUUCACGACGAGGCUUGGCCAACUCUUUUACGCACUUUGCAAAGUGUCCUCAACACAGCACCCAGGGACUUCUUGUUGGAGCUCCUCCUAGUGGACGACUUCAGUACUCGCGACGAGCUGAGGACGGCGCUGAGUGAAUACGUGUCAGGAGUGAACAGGGUGCGUUUGAUUCACAGCAGCAAGCGUCUGGGUGUGGGCGGCUGUCGCAGCCUGGGUGCAUCCAGGGCUUCGGGGGAGGUGCUGGUCUUCAUGGACUCCCACCUGGAAUGUCCCAGCGGCUGGCUGGAGCCACUCCUGGAGAGGGUGUCCCAGGACAGGACCAGAGUUGUUUCCCCCAUCAUGGAUGUGAUCCAUUGGCAGACCUUCCAGUACAAUACCACCCAGUGGCCGGUGCGGGGAGUGUUCAACUGGAAUCUGGACUUCUACUGGGAGUCCAAAGCUGAGCGGCCAGACUCGGACUCGGAAUCGGCGCUUGAGCCUGUGCUGAGUCCAGCAUUAGGGGGCGGAGUCCUGGCCAUCGACAGACUCUUCUUCCACCAUCUGGGAGCCUACGAUCCCGGGAUUGUGCUGUGGGGAGGGGAACACCUUGAGCUGUCAAUCAGGGUGUGGUCAUGCGGGGGCUCCAUGGAGGUGGUCCCCUGCUCCCGCGUGGCCCAAAUACACCACCAGCACCGCCCCCCUAAACGUUUCCCAGACCAGGAGCAGCUGGAGAGGAACAAGAUCCGCAUAGCUGACGUAUGGAUGGGGGCGUACCGCAAAUUCUUCUACAGGAGGGAUACUCUGGCUCAUUUCAUCAGACAGUCUGAGAGCUCUAAUAUUACUGACCGCCUGCUGCUCAAGAGGACUCUGGGCUGCCAGGACUUCCACUGGUACUUGAGUACAGUUUAUCCCCAACUUUACAUCCCCCAGGAUAGACUGGGACUGUCAGGCGAGCUGUACAACAUGGCGUCCGGCGGCUGUGUGGACCACCGCCCAGGCCACGGUGGAUCCAUGAUCAUAGCGCCAUGCAGCGGUACAGGCAGCCAGCACUGCGAGCUGAACUCUCAAGGGGAAGUGCGAUGGGGCCCCACGGGGGCUUGGUGUUUGGACGCCAUCGAAGGACGGGUGGCCCUCUCCCAGUGCGCCAGCCACCGGCCAAUCAGCAGCAGGCUACAGUGGACCUUCCUCAAGCUGAGCGGCCAGCUGCAGCACCAGGACUCACACCUGUGUGUGGAGGCCGUCAAGACCAGCGUACCGCCCAGCGUGCCACCCCACGGGGCGGGGGACCUCUUCCUGCGGCCCUGCACGCCUCAUCCCGCCCAACAGUGGCUCUUUGAGCAGCUGGUGUCUCCAUGACCACACGCCAAUGGACUCCAGCUGCAACGCCUGGGCGCUACUCAGAGGAAAGCAUGCGGGGAAGAAGACGGAGGAGUGAGGCAUGGACGUAUCAGGAAGAUCCAGACGGAGGACAGCAGGACGUGUGCUGCUGGAGGCCCACCGUAACACCCCCAACCCCCACCGUAGCCAGCUGGCCCCCUUCCCUGAGGACGGGUGGCAAAGAGCAGAAAAUGUCCAAUCAGAACGGAGAGCAUGAGUGCAGCACCAGAGGGGGCCAGUAGGACGAGGAGGGCCAAGGCUUUGGGAGUUGCCCACAAUCACACUUCUUCCCACCCAACACUUCUUGGACAUUUACACCCUUCAACAAGUCCCCCCCACCUGCAUCAUUGCAAAUAUUAAAAUAACACUUUUUGGUCUACUAAAGUUUUAACGUCUUAUUGUUCACCUUAUCAAAGUCUCCCAAACGUCUGUGAUGCCAUUGCUAUGUUUACCUUGUGAAGU